AUGUCAUCUUCAGAAACACCAACAACGGGGCCUGGGACUACAUUAUGGCUUCCUAUCACGGAGCCACCGGACUUAGCGACGGCCACCGGCGGGAGUGGAGGGAGCUUUUAUACCCCAGAUCCAACGACACCCUGCUUCAACCGUUGCAAUGAACUAUACAUUUACAUCCAGGCCGUCGGUACGGAACCAUCGAUCUGUGACGCAGACUCCUACUUUCGAACAGAGUACAAGGAAUGUAUUUCUUGCAUAAAAGCCAUAUUCACAAGCCCGGAAAAGUACAUCACAGAGAGAAUCGAGCCGAGAUUUUCAGAGUAUCUCAACUUCUGUAGCAACAUGGCCGGGGAUCUGACGUACCCAGCUAGCCUGUUGACCGUCGUGACCCGCGUCCACUACGGAUACAUUACAGAUUUGAACGACAAGGUGAUACCGGGAACACUCAAAACGGUAACGGCGACGGAUGUCAAGUGGCCGGAUAACACUCUAAUAGGCGGCACGUGGCCGACCGCAUCUUGGGCUACUGGAGUAGAGACUUCGGGGGCAUCCGAGACAGGAAGCUCAGGACCUAUACCAGGCAACUCGGCAUGGAUUGCGGGACCGGUCGUGGGCGUAAUAACAGCCAUCAUGCUCUUCCUCGGUGCGCUCUGGUUCCUGAGGCGACGGAGGCAGCGGAUGACCGAUAGGGAGGAGUCUCUGGUUCCCGAUGGUGGUCGCGGUGGCUACGGCAAGGAAGAGUUUGAAAAGGCGCAGCUACACUCGGAAUGCAUCCCGCAUCGGAUCGUCAUGGAACUUGAAGGGUCGUAUCCAACGUUUGCGCCAGAUAUGAGUCCUGCGAUGGAGAUGAAUGCGAACGAGGUGCCUGCGCAGGAGCUCUCGGUUCCGGGUAGUCAGCAUGUUGAAGGAGUGACGGAGAAGCGCAGGUCUCCCAGGCCAGAGAGCCCAGUUCUUGGAUGA